AUGAAGAAGGAAUGGAUCAUGUCCGACGAGGCCCGCUUAGAGAAAAAGCAGCGUGUUGAAGAGAAUCACUACAUGCGAUUGUUUGAUCACAUCCAGUCACUUUACGAACAAGAAUUAUACGAAGAUCUCGUUUUCCUCCAUGAAAUGAUUCCCAAGUUGGGACAGGUGGAACGCGGUGGCGGUGCAUUUGGUGGUAAAUACACUCAAAGUGCGCCAGCUGGAGCUUGGGCUGCACUUGCAGCACGAGUGCUGAACCGCCCAGUCAAGGUUACCUACAUGUCAACUGGCUUGUCCGAUACAUGUUAUAGCAUUCCAGUAAUGAGAGCUGAAGGAUACGCAUUGAAAACGAAUAAGUCGAACAACACUUUCGUAAGGGGCUGCGGUUUGCCUCAGGCUUACUUCGCAAUGAAUGGUAUCCUGUGUCACGUCGCACACGCUGUGAAUAAACCUCUCGAAAAGAUAAUGAAAAUGAAGUUCAAUAAAAACGGAGGAAUACGACCAUCGAAGGAACCGAUUCUCAACGACGCCCUUUUGGAGUGCUGGGAAGAGUGCUUGAAGUGGAGUGAUUUCGACGAGCUGCGCGAAGAAGUCGACCGUUUCAAC